AUGCGGCGAGGCACCAAACAUGGUUUCCAUGGUUUUUUGGCAUCUAAUGCAGAUAUUAGCGUAUUUGCAGAAGAAGAUUUCAAGAAGUUGAGCGAUGUUGGUCAGUAUGAAAACCUCACUUUAGCUUCGCAGCAUUGCCAGACCGACGCUGGCUAUUUUUCCGUGGAAACAAGGCAUUGCAUCAUUUGCCUGGAAAGCUGGCUGAAUGAAAAUCAACGCAAGGAUCCGGAUUUCCUUGCUCGCAUUUUCCUUCGUUCCGGAGCUCGACAGAGAGUUCGUAGUUGUGCGCAUAAUCCAGCCUAUGAUCCUCAGUACCGCUCACAGUGCUACAGGCGAAUAACGGAGCAUGACAAGAAUCCGAGUAGCUCGAAGAGGUCAUGCGAUUUGGCUGAGGAGGUGCGGCGCAGCAACCAUGCUCGAGCGAAAAUGAUGGGUUAUGAAAAAUAUGAUAUGUACAUUAUCAACCCACUUUUCGGCACAGGGCUGCAGUACAAUGCCAGUAGUGAGGUCAGGUAUUUCGCUAAAGGGGCAACGCUUCGAGAAAGCUCAUCGUCCUCGUCGAGUUCAAGUGGCGAGUGCUGGCCGGAGAAGUAUCCCUUGCAUAAAGCUGCAUAUGAUAAUAAUGUGGCCGAAAUCAGACGACUGUUGGCUCGUGGUAUGAAAGUAAAUGAGAUGGAUAGUGCUUCCUGGACACCUCUGCAUUAUUGUGCUUUCUAUAAUAACUUGAAAUCGAUGGAGGAUGUGCGAGAUUGUACUGGGCGACGACCAAUAGACGUAUGUGAUUGUGUUCCCAAGGAUGAUUAUCAGAAGGUGGCGAAAUUAUUACGUGCCUGGAAACGACUCGAUAAAAUACAGGUUGAGCUGAUGGAUGGUGGCAAUGCGCAGUUAUUACUUAGCAGCGGGCAGGAUACAACAGCGGGACAGCUGCAUGCGGAAAUGUGCAAGGAACUAAAGUUUAAUGAAGACAGUGGACGGCUGUUUGCAAUAUGGAUUUGUUCGGAUCGUUUGAGCCUGCAGCUGAAAUCGGAACAUAAGAUACUACAGCACAUUAACAAAUGGAAGAGUAAAAUAGCAAAGUUUGGCAGUGACGAAACUGAUGCUCACGACAAUGAUGCGCCAAGGAUUUUCUUCCGGCGAGACGCUCGGCUUACUUUACACGAUGAAAAACAGGUGGAGAUGACUCCGAUGGCACUCUCUCUUCUUUACGAGGAAUGUCGCCAGAACUACCUAAGUGGUCUCUAUCCCUGUUCCAGUCGCGACGUUCAUUCGCUUGCUGCUAUCAUGCUGCACAUCAUCCACGGCAGUGCAUUUCAACUCAAUGAUCAGCUACUGUCGAAGAUAAUUCCACUACAUCGAUUGCCGGAAUCAGGGAGUGGUUUGAAGGAAAUGCGAGCGCGCAUCGAAUCCGAGCAUAAGUAUCGAAAAAAGACCAAUCUGAUCAAGCUGCAACAGGAAUUUUUACAAAUUUGCUGGCAUUUCAGUGUCUACGGUGCCACGUUUUUCGAUGCGCCAGUGAAGGGUAGUGGACCAGUGCACGCGGGAGUAAACGACUGUGGAUUGCACCUGAUCGAUGCGAAUACAAAAACAUUCAUCCAGAGUUAUCCACUGAAAAGCCUACAGUGGACUAUGAAGCCGGACAGGCCAUUCAUCGAACUGCGCACUCGAUCCGGUGAUAGCCUGACACUCCGCACGCCACAGGUCGGACACAUCAAUAGCCUGCUUACCAGACUGAAGGGUGCUACAGGAUGA